AUGUCCGACCCAAUACCACCGGUACACCCACCACCAACGUUCAAAUUACCCCCUAACCCAUCCCUCCCGCAAGAUGUAUCCCUCAUCAUGGAGAUGGUAGCUCAACAGGUCGUCAGUCCCCUACCACCUCUCGGUAUGUCAGCAUCGGAGAAGCGUAAACUAGUCGAAGAGAGUUUACGGAGGAAAAAUAACUCUACCAAGGUUUCUGAUCCUUCCAAAACCGCCGAGUCUUCCUCCCCUUCCGCAAGGAGCACACAGCUCGACCCUAUCGUAGAUGUAACUCAAGAACCCGAAGUAAAUGAUGAUGAAGAUGACUCCAGCGACUCGUCUAGUGAAUGGGAAUCAAGUGAUGACGAGGAAGAAGAGAAGGAGAACGGAUCUACAAUCCUGGAAAUGCACGACAAGAUGAAACAAGAAUUAGACCAAUUCGUCAAUGGCCACUCUCAAACAUCGAUUGAAAAGUUGAAAGAGGAAAAAGAAGCGGAGACGGACUCAGAGUACGAAUCGGGUGAUGAGUCGGAUACUGGAAUGUUGGAUCAUGUCAUCCCUUCUGAAAUGACAGGUAGAGAGUUAGAGUUGGAAGAAGAUGAGGAGGUAGCAGGACCUAUAGCAUCUGUGAAUGAGGAAGUCUUGCCAGUGGUGGCUCAACCUCCUCUGGAGAAAUUACCAAAAGGGGAGGGGUUGAGUUUGGCAGGGGAGGUAGUGAGCUGGAUGAAGGAUCGAAAGGCGGAAGCUUGGGCAGAGAGUAGGGAACAAAAGCAGGAGACUUCAGUGCGACAGGAGGGGAAGGGGAUUGUCAAAAUCGAGUUUAAAGAUAUGGAAGAAGCUGUUAUUAUUCAGUCUGCGGGAGAUGACGAAUCUGGGGGGACGCACAUGGUUAAUGAGGUUGAACAAUUGGAGACGACGGAUGAGAUUCAGGUUGACAUUCAUGAUCAUCAGGAGAUGGAUUUGCGGAAGGAAGACGAAGCGGCGGUGUUGGAAAUGGUCAUUCACUCCGAUACACCUUCAGUGGAACCACAAGCAGGACCGUAUAUCAAGUCAACCGAUCAUUGGGAGCCUUCAACACAAAAUAUACAUCCGAUUUCUGAUAAUUCACUGUCCCCUACCACGACCGACAUGGCUCUUGCAUCAACCAUUCCUCCCAUCGUCAACCCCUCUCCGGUAUCGGAUAUCCUUGAUCAACCUCCCGCGCAUGCUUCGACCGAAAUUCCGGCUGCGCAUUUACCGAAACUGGAGAUAGACGAUAAUCCUCCCGCCGAUCUCAGUCUGGCAGUCAAAACUGAAUCUCCAACUGAACACAACAUGCAGAACGAGACCGAUGCUCUUGUGUUGUCAGGUGUGCCUAAGAAGGCGAAUGCACAAGCAACGAAAGUAGUCGCACACACAGAUACCACCCCUGUGAUUGAGGACAUGCCCAAGUUAUCUUCAGCAGGGACGGUAGUUAUCCGAGCUAUGCAAUCCCGACCUGGUGCUCAUGACGAGGGAUGGUUAGAAGAAGGUUCUGUUUUAUGUUGGGAAGAUGGACGAGUGUUGGGUACUGUAUCAGAAACCUUCGGUCCUCUAACAUCUCCAUUCUAUACCGUCCGACUUCCUCCUCCUCCUUACCCUUACCCACCCCUUCAUUCGCUGAACGCAGGAACCAAACUUUUUUAUCCCACAACACCGAUUUAUCGAACAUUCGUCAACAUGCCUUUACUUCGUGAUCCGAGAUUAAAAGGUAGUGACGCUAGUAAUCGUUAUGACGAGGAAGUAGGAGAAGAUGAACUUGAAUGGUCUGAUGAUGAAGCUGAGGCUGAAGCUAAAAAAAGACGAAAAAGAGGAAUGUCAUCUCGGUUCUCUGAUGCAUCUUUCGACAAUAACAACCUACAACGAGAAGGGGUAGAACGUGGAGGGAGAAAUAGAAGUAGGUCAGGAAGUGUGAGUAGCAUAUAUACUGCGAAUCGAUCAGAUGGGGAAAGAGGGAAGAAAAGACUUGGUGGUGUGGGAGGAGGAAGGGGUGGAGGAGAAAGAGAAAGAUUUGGAUUACCUACAAAACCACAUUUCGAUUAUCAACCUGAAGAUCGAUCCGAUAUUGCUAGUAUGUACGGUGAUGAGAUUGAUGGAUCGUCAAGUGAAAGGGAAAGACGAUUACCUGGACCGUAUGAUGAUGUUUAUAUGGGAGAGUCGAUCACUGAGCUUAGUUCGAUGUCAAAUGAGAAGAAUCUCAGUAAUACUGGGAAGUCAGAUGGAGGUAGUAGGACAUCAAGAGACGGUCAUUCUAAUCGAGGGAUGAAUAGAGGGAGAGGUCGGUCAGGUGGGAGAGAAUCAGGAAGAAGAGGAGGGAGAGGUGGAAGAGGAGGACAUUUACAAGACUCUCCUAUACGUAUGGGAGAUCUAUUAUCAAACCCUUCUCAACCUUAUCUUCCAUCAUUCCCUUCUCCUCAUCAUCCUCCCUCACCUUUUCCUCAUCAUCCUCCUUCACCUUCUUAUCAACCUCAAAAUCCAAUAUCUCAUCCUCAAAAUUCAAUAUCUCUUCCUCAUCCUCAACAGACAUUCCCACCGUUCGUUCAAUCCCAAUACCCAAAUCCAAAUCCACAACCCCCUCAGCGGUCCGAUCAUUCACAAUCUACACCAUUUCACAAUCCACCCUCACCCUCACCCCGAAAUACCAACGCAUAUCCUCAACCAAUCUCGUCGUAUGUUCCUCCAAACGGACCUGGACAUGGACCUGGAUAUUCUCAACCUUCUUUUCAAGGACACGAUCAACAUCAUCAUCCUCAAUAUCAGAUGCAACAGAAUUAUCAACCACAACAAUAUCAAACAUAUCAGCCAUCUUCACCACAUCAUAUACAACCUCAACCAUCUUUAACAUAUCUUCAACCGCAUCAAUCAUCUCAAAUACCAUUUCAAUCUCAUCAAUCUCAACAAAUACAUCCUCAAUUUCACCAAGUGUCUCAAAUACAACCACAACCACAAUCUCAUCACUCCAGAAUGUACGAAAACCCACAAUCUCAACAACCUCACCAGACAAGGUCAACGCAAGAUGACGUCGUACCUGCUAUCAACCCCCGGUUCGCAUUACAAUAUCAGAUGAUGCUUGGGCAAAUGUUACCUGGUCAAUCGUGGUCUCCUCGUUAA